AUGGCUGAUAAGGUUGCCGUUCUAGAUCCAGAGCCCAUAACGCUUUUAGACACCGAGGAUGAGCCUGGGAUCUCGCAAAGCAGGCGAAGUAGUAUAGCGAACUCUAAUUUCUAUAUAGAACGUGCGUUUGUCACAAACUGCACCAUCAUAUCAGGGGAGCGAAGCACGCCGAAGUUUGCGGUAUGGAAGGUGACUGCUGUUUUACACCCGCUAAAUCCCAACAGCAGCGGGUCUUACCGAAUCCACACGUAUAAACGGUACUCAGAUUUCGUUGAAUUUCGCAACGCCUUGCUGGACAGGGUACGCACCAAGAGGCCUGCAUCGGUGAGCGAGAUACCCGAGCUGCCACCACCUGUCAAAUGGUAUUACAGCUGGAAGUACAACGAGAUCAAUCUCAACAAGGAAUGGCUCGCCAACAGAAGAAAAGGAUUGGAAUUAUUCAUCAACCAGGUCCUGCUCAAUGGCAACAUCGUGGACAUAGCAAAAGAUUUGGUAAUCCAGUUCCUACGACCCAGAAAGUAG